GCGAGCGGGAGCCGAGUGCAAGCAGAGCGCAGCCGCGAGGGAGGCGCGGGGGAGGCGAGCCGGAGCCCAGGYGCUAGCAGCAGCAUUGAGUGUCGGUCCAGAGCACCCAACCGGAGCCGGAGCCGCAGCCGCAGCCGCGAUGGCCGUGGCGGUGGGGAGACAGUCUAAUGAAGAGCUUCGAAACUUGUCCCUUUCUGGCCAUGUUGGAUUUGACAGUCUCCCGGACCAAUUGGUCAACAAGUCUACUUCUCAAGGAUUCUGUUUCAACAUCCUGUGUGUUGGUGAGACAGGCAUUGGCAAAUCCACAUUAAUGGAUACUUUAUUCAACACCAAAUUUGAAAGUGACCCAGCUACACACAACGAACCAGGUGUCCGGUUAAAAGCCAGAAGUUAUGAGCUUCAGGAAAGCAAUGUACGGCUGAAGCUAACCAUUGUUGACACCGUGGGAUUUGGAGACCAGAUAAAUAAAGAUGACAGCUAUAAGCCAAUAGUGGAAUACAUCGACGCCCAAUUUGAGGCCUAUUUGCAAGAGGAACUGAAGAUUAAACGUUCUCUCUUCAACUACCACGACACGAGGAUUCACGCCUGCCUCUACUUUAUCGCCCCCACGGGACAUUCACUGAAGUCUCUGGACCUGGUCACCAUGAAGAAGCUGGACAGUAAGGUGAACAUUAUUCCAAUAAUUGCAAAAGCAGACACGAUUGCCAAGAAUGAACUGCACAAAUUUAAAAGUAAGAUCAUGAGUGAACUAGUCAGCAAUGGCGUCCAGAUAUAUCAGUUCCCUACAGAUGAAGAAACGGUGGCAGAGAUUAAUGCAACGAUGAGUGUAAGACCUCAAAUAAAAUGGGUCCACCUCCCGUUCGCAGUGGUUGGCAGCACCGAAGAGGUGAAGAUUGGCAACAAGAUGGCAAAGGCCAGGCAGUACCCCUGGGGCGUGGUGCAGGUUGAGAAUGAAAACCAUUGUGAUUUUGUGAAGCUGCGGGAGAUGCUGAUUCGCGUGAACAUGGAAGACUUGAGAGAACAGACACACACCCGCCAUUAUGAGUUGUACCGGCGCUGUAAGCUUGAGGAGAUGGGAUUCAAGGACACUGACCCUGACAGCAAACCCUUCAGUCUUCAGGAGACCUAUGAAGCAAAAAGGAAUGAAUUCCUGGGAGAAUUGCAGAAGAAAGAAGAAGAGAUGAGACAGAUGUUUGUUAUGAGAGUGAAGGAGAAAGAGGCUGAACUUAAAGAGGCAGAGAAAGAGCUCCACGAGAAGUUUGACCUUCUAAAGCGGACACACCAAGAAGAGAAGAAGAAAGUGGAAGACAAGAAGAAGGAGCUCGAGGACGAGGUGAACAAUUUCCAGAAGAAGAAAGCAGCAGCACAGCUACUACAGUCCCAGGCCCAGCAGUCUGGGGCCCAGCAAACCAAGAAAGACAAGGAUAAGAAAAACUGGACCCCACCUUCUGCCAUCUCUGGCCACCAAGUCACUUUCCUUGUUUGCGGCUACACCACAGUGGUGGGACUGCCCGAGGUAGUCCUUGGCUCUGCACGGAAUAAAUGAUAUCCUCAAAUCUAAUUGGAUGUGCUUUCGCCUUUGCAUCUUCUUCUUUAUGUAACCAUCCUGUUGACAAGCCCUACUCUCUCCUAAUGGACAUAGAGCAUUAGAAGAGCAGGAGCUGUCUGUUCACACGUGUUGGGGAAGAGUUACCUCAUUUCCACCAUCGCCUCCCGUUCUUUUAAAGUCUGGGUCAAAUAUUGCACUGCUGUUUGUAUUUGUCAAUGUUUGUUUACAAACCACUGCCCACAGUGGCUACCGAAGUGACUUCACUACCAAAAAUAGUUUAAUAAUAUUAAUUAAAAGAAAAAAAGGAAAUAGAGUGAAACAGAAAACUUGGGCCCAGACCCAAGGUCUUGUGCCGGAAUCCGCUUGCUUAGCUGUCAUGUUCUUGAUGCUGCUGAUCCAAGAACUCAUGGACCCUAACCUGAGGUGGACCCACCUCCAGGGCAAACUUGAUCUCAUGGUAACUCCCGACCUCUCUGUCCCAUGAGCAACAUUCUGAACAGCCCCAUCAGGAUCCUCACUACCAUCAGGUCAUAAGAGCCGGGCAACGUGUUCCUUCCUUCUGUUAGUUUUGUGGGCUUGUGGGUUGUUUUGGUGUUUGGGUUUUUUUUAAACAUUUGAUAUUGCAUGAACAGAGAUGGCUGCAAUUUUUUCCUUUGGAGUGUCCUAUUGAUACAAUGUUUUUAUUUUUCAGCUGACCAUCUGCCUCUUGAGAAGGAGAAGUGGGCAUCCUUCCUUUAAAUUCAGGAACCAUUGUUUUAUUUGACCCUUUUUCUGUUACCUGCAUCUCUUAUACAAGUUGUUUGGGAUUGGGAUUCUGCUUUGGGAGUUUUUUKGGGGGAAAAAAUUCUAUAGUUUUGUUUUUUGUAUUGGUUGUUCAAACUUACUUUUGGUAUCAAAAUUAUGCCAGUUUUAAGCUCACUUCAAGGGGAAAUAUGAGUGAAGUUUAAGUCUCAAAAUUCUGUUUUAAUAUGUUCUCUUCAUCUUAGACAAAACUAAAAAAAAAAACUCCCCUUCUUUGUUACUAGGGUUUUUGAUCUAUGGGUCUUAAUCAUAUUUAAAAUGAGUAGAUGACUUUUCUGCCUCUGGGGCUCAAUUUAUAUUUAAAGAUACCUUAAAGUGAUUUUUCUGAUCCAUCCCUGCCUUUUUAUUUGUUGUGAAGCUCUGCUUUACCUUGUGUCCAUGGUUUUUCACCAGGACCCGUGUGUCCUGCACCAUGAGAAAUGAACCCCACACAAGCACAUUCCAGCUCCCUCCCACAUGACAGCAUCCUUAACAUGGGCUGAUUGACAUUGUCUUCUCAGAGUGACCCAGAGGUUUUUGCCACACUGUUUGCAAAAUAUUGCUGGUCAUGAAAGCACUGGAUCACUUCAGAUACACCCACAUCCAAACGCACACUUUUGCCAUUUGCAUGAGUCUGAUUUCCAGUGCUGACUUGGUUGUGACGAGUCAGAUUCAGGGCUCCAUAACUUAAAUAAGCUCUACCUGUUGUACAAUUUUCAAAUUCAACAGUAGAUAGUAGAUCAUAGUCAUGCCUUUGAAGUUACCUUCCAAGUUCAUUGCUUACCUAUAGUUUUACUUAUUUGCAUCUUUUCCAGCUCUAGUAGGUAGAUCAUAAAAGUACUAUUGGUAGCAUGAAUUGGUCAGGACCCUAGGAGUGGUCCCCUCUGUAUGAGAAGGUAAUCUAUGCUUUUGUUGGGCAGUGAGAUAAAUGAUGAAGCAAAGUGGCUGGUGCUUUGAUUCCUGGAAAGAGGUUACUUAAAGCCAUGAGAUGAGCAUUCGAAAGAAACUAAAUGUAAGUAAAGUCAGAUUCAUCUGUGCCAUUAGAUAAUGAAACCAUGAGUCAAGAGCUGUCUCCCUCAUACUACACCACAAUUUGUAAAGACAGAAAUCUGGUGAUGGGAUCAGUGGCAGUGUAAGGGUUGCAACUCUUUGAUACCAGAAUAUAACACAUUAUCAUAGAAUUAAACAUGUAGGUCUCAUUGAAAGUAUAAUUGGCUUUAUUCUUAAGCCCCUUAUUUUUAAUAUUGCAUCAAUUUUAUACUAUUGUUUUAAGAACAUUCUGCAUCAGCUGUAAAGAUUUUUUUGAGCAAUGUUUAAAAGUCUAGGUAGUAUUAUUUUUCUAAGUAGAGAAAUGUGUGGUCUGAAGUUGCUAUUCUUUUUCAAUCUUAACCCCCAGGUUAGAGGCAGUCUAAGAGUAACCUUGAUAGGAACAGAGGCUGUUCUUAGUAGGUUAGCCUCCAUUCAGUAAACUUAGGGGAGCCAAUCAUGGACACCAUUGUCAAGUGCCUUGCCAUCUCUCUAAGACUGCCACUGAUUUGGCAUUUUACCUUCGGUGGCUCCUUUUUUCAAGUGUUGGCAAAACUGGUAGGUUCUCAAGUUCUCCUGACUGUGAAAGGGAUGUGAAACCACCCUGGGGAUAAUGAUCAGCAAUAAUAAAAAUUACUAGGUUAUCUCAAACUAGAUAGUGGAAAAGAAAAGCAAGGAGAACUUAGCCGUCAGAACAUAUUUCCAUGGGUGACAGCCUUUUAAUUUUUCAUUCAAUCUUUUAAAAAUAUUACUUGAUACUAGAUACAGACUCUGCCUAAUACAGGCAUAGUCUAGAUGGUCCCCUUAAGAUUAGUACAACACAAGAAUAAAGGAGACAUCUGAUCUGAAUCUGUAUACACUGAGCCACAGCAAAUGAAAAUAAGGCAUUAUCCCAGUGUUGGGCUAAACCUUCUUCCCCAUCAACAGUACUUGUAUGAAAAUUCCUUAUUUAUAUUUUUGUCUACCAUUAGCAGAGAUUAUGGGUAAAUAGUUCUGGUUGUCAAGAAGCUUAAGUACAUAAUUUUUUGCUGUAUUUAGGUGAACUUUCUACACAAAACCUUUUGUUUGACAGAUGAUUUACCAUCUUUCUACUGUGGAGAUUGACAGUGAGGGCACGGGGGCCCACUUGGAAGUCCCUUGUGCUUGAAUUGUUAUGACUGUGGUAUCUAGUCCUUGUGACUGAUGCCAUCUGGCUUUCAGAUCAAUCUCCAGAGAGCAACUGUCAUUCCCAGGGCUGGUGAAGGAACUGAAUAUAUUCAUUUGUGAAGACUCAUGUAAGCCUUUUCAACAUUGCCAUUCCUGACUAGUAACUCUAUAGAAAUACAAUCUGCUGGUUGUCAGUGGAACAUCAUAUGGAGUGCAAGAGUCCACAUCUGCCUCAAAUCAUUUGAAGUACCAUGAGUUGAAUGGCCUUCCCUUCCUUUGUGGAAAUUGUCUUUCAAAAUUAUGCCUCCGGAGAGGCAGAGGCUAUUUUAAUGAGGCCUGUCCCACAAUAGAAUGAAUGUGCACAUGUGUAAAGAGUAGAAUAACAUUCCAUCAGGAGGUGGGCAUAACCCAGGCAUUCUUUGUACAUGCUUUUAGAACUCGGAUCAGUUGCAGAUCUAGCUCUCCUUGCUUUUUACAUCCACCCCUACUACUCACUUUCCGUAAACUUUAUUCUACAUAAUGCACCAAAUGUACAUUAGGUGCACUUCUCCCUCUACACCUCCUAAGCAUAGUAAAUUUUUGGAGUGAAGGAAAAAGUAAGCCCUUUCCAUUGCUAACUUAUCUGAAGAUAGAUUAUAUUCUGAAUAGCAAGAGAGUCCCGUUACCAGUUGCAUUUCUGUGGUUCUUUGCUGGAGUUUGCCCUUCAUUCGGGGGUAUCUGCUGCCUAAUAAAAUAAGCUGUUCCCAGGAAAUAAGACACCAGUUCACUGUGUCUAGAGCUAUUUGAGAAAAAAUUUUUUCCUUCUUUAUUGCCUUAGCUAUUGUGUAACAUAAUAAGACCAACAGUUCUGACAUUUGAUCUGAUAUAAAGAUUAUAUGUUGAGUCUAAAAGGAGAGUUCUCCCUCAUCCUUAACUCAGAAGCGGGGAGCUACAAAACUAGAAUUGUGAAUUCAUAUUUCUGUAUAAGCCAUUGUUGGUUGUGCAUUGAAGAAGAGUAAUCAACAGAUGGCAGAAGUGGAGAUGUCCUACACAUCAGUAUUUUGUAAAACUCACUCAAUUCAUCACUAUGAGGAGAAAAGGUUUUAAAUUCCUUGAUGCAUGCUGGCUGUGAACAUUUUUUUACUGUCCUAAUGACUGGUGGAAUCCAACUCAAGCAUCAAGCUUUUAGAACCUAUUUUCACACCAUCUCAAUUUUAUUUCUAGGCUACUUUGUAGGACUCACAAAACUCACUAAUUAGGAUGCUUAAUUUGUAAAAUUGGUCUGGGUUUUGUUUUGUUUUUGGUUUGAGACUGGGUACCCAUUUUUUUACCCUUCUCUGAAUUUGCUGACGUUCCGUUUUACAUGCAUCCUGUACCUUAAGUGAUCUGUACUAGUAACUGCAAAAAUUGUUGAUGCAGUGGCACUUAGUAACCAGGGCAGUGUUCAACUGCUCAUUACCUUAGAUGAAGCCCCCCAAAACUCAAUUUCUUUCAGAAAUUUAAAACAAUGAAUGAUUCUUUUUCUGGAAGCACCAUCUAGUGGUCAAAGCUCAAAGCAUUAUUUAAUAAGUAUAGGAAACUGUUGUUAACAUAGUUUAAACGCUAAUUUCAAGAAUUUGAGAGGCUUUAGAAGUGACAUUUACAUGUUAGUCAAAACAUCCUGAUGUCAAAUAGAAGGGUAAAGGGUUAAGACGAGUUAGAAGUUGAACCUCUUUCAAAAUUCUUGGCUUUGUGGUACUGUACAACUCUCUUAACCCUCAAUUUGAUAAUGUAAACCAGAGAUGCUUCUCUCAGGAUGAUUGUGAGAAAGUUUGGCACAGUGUCUUCCCUUUUCAGCUAAAGAAUGUACAAACUACCUUAGAAAGAAGAUAAGCUACCCAUCAUGUUGGCUGAGCAUCAUUAGCUUAAUAACAUUUUCUGCUCAAGGGAAGAAGCCACCAUGCUGAUUUGGGCAGUAAUGUUCAAGCACAACUUGCCUUCUUGCUUAAGGAAGAGUUAACUGGGAAGCUUGACCAUCCAGGUAUGUGAGGAGUAUAGACAACACAAAAGUGGUUGGCUCUAACAUAGAAAAGAAAUAGUACUUCUUGGGUGGGCAGACACUGAUCUCUCAAUUCCCUCAACAGUGGGAAGCCAAGGCAGCUGAAUCAAGAGCUACCCUCUAGCUUUCUUCAGAGACAAAGGCAAUGUCAGGAAUAUUUCUCACAAGUGUAUAACAUUUGCUUUCUUUGGUGUUUGGAAGCACUCAUUCCCAGCUCUCCUUCCCCCUCCACACUAAGACAAUCGUCCAUCUAUAGGGGAAACAUUCACUUCUCCACAGGUAAAGAAUAGUCUCUCACAGUUUCAUCUUCAAGAACUACAGCAUGUUCUUUCCCUCUUCUGUGGGAGUAUUAGAGAACUACUUUAUGCCCAUCAAGUUUCCUAGCCUUUCCAGAGGCUUCAUGGAAUGGUCUUAURACCACCAGGAGGCACCAAACAAUUAUGAUACAUAGUUUUAAGUUCCCAAAUCUUGGCUGUCAUGCCAAGAUACCAACUUGGGACAGAUUAAGUUUUGGAUAAAACAGGAAUAGUUAGAAUA